UUGGCAUUUGCUACCGAGUCAUGUGGUCACGCCCGUUGUCUGCCCUACUUUCCACCUUCCUUUGGUCCACACAGGCCUUCCUUGUGCCCCUUUUCGCGACAGGCAGAGGAGAAAUUCGAUGCCGUUCGCCAGGAUAUCCGCAGCAGCAGCCACCGGCCCAAGGCCGUCGACCUACAAUCGCCGCCGCGACCCGGGGACAACGACAAGAACGAACAUCGGCGACCUCGGCCAUGUCCGACAACACCGGCAGCUGCGAUAGGAAGGGCUUCCUGUCAGACCUCACGCGCAACGUGGCAGGCGCUGGCCUCGCCGCCAUCACCCUGGGCCCGAACAUGGCGGUUGCAAAGCAGGCGGCGGACUCUCCGGUUGACUGGACGGCCGAGUUCGGAUCCGUGAAGAAGGCCACUGACCUGGUGCUGAAGGACCUCAAGACCCUCGCCACGGACGGAGAUUGGGAGCAGCUGAUGGAACAGGCCAAGGGCUACGACCAGUCCAUUCGAAAAGGGCUGAUGGGGGACGUGCGCAAGAAGAUGCCCAAGGAGAUCAAGGGCGACGCCAUGACCUACCGAAACAACAUCACGUUCGACCUCAUCGCCAUCAACAAGGCGGCCAGGGUGGAGGACAGGCCAAGAACUUUCGAGGUUUUGGACAUUUUGGAGGCGGACAUCAAUGGCUUCCUCAACUUGCAAAAGCGGAUAUAGACUACUUGCCGUUCUAUCGUCGUGGGCGUCUGUCUCAGCGGAUAUUUUUUCUUCUGCACUGUAUCCCCCCCUCUGUUUCUGUUCACGGGAGAGUCGAUACGGUAGACGCUGGCGGGUGAAAAUCCCGGGGACACAAAAUCGGGGGGACUCCGGAACCUAGAAAUCGUUUAUCAGGGUAUCGUCCCGUGUCCGUGUGCUCAUUGGUCGAACGGCGAGCGCAGUCGGUGCUAGAAACAAACGGGGUUUUCGCUGUUCGCAGCGGUGCAGGUGCACGCACCCUUAGCUCCUCUAUUUGUGAUUCGAGGUUGGUGUUCCCAACUUUGCCGGCGGCGCUUAGCGUUGUUUGCCGGAUUGCACCACCCAUCCGUGCGCUCCCAUCUUGAGGUUUCUGGUGCGCAAGACAUAGAUCAGCCGUGGCCAAAGGUGGCGUUGCGUCCAUCUACAAAUGGAUGCCCUUAGGCGGCUAGAUGGUAAUUGCGGGUUUAUUUUCAUCCCCCACGAGGAUGACGAAGCCCCGCCACACGCUCGGCGUUGAUUUUUGCUUAAAGGUGUAGUAGGUCUUGCUCCUCCCCUUCCUUUUGGUGGGGUACCGAUAAGGCGGCUCAACGACC